AUGGAGCUGACUCAAUGUUGCGAGUUUAAGCCAAGAGAGCUAAAAAGUCGUCUGCUCGAGCAAAGAGUCCUUAAGUUGCGCGAAGUGCCGAUCCAGAAGUUGGUGAUAGCUCCGCUGGUCAAGUUCGACACUCAUGUUGAAGCCACAGAGGCAUCCAAGCAUGAGAUUGUUGCUAAUGCAUGCAAGCUGGGAUACUUGAAUUGCAGGAAUAAUGCUUCUCCUUGUUGCCCUUUUGAACAUGAAGACGGUAAGCAGCUUUAUCUUGACCUGCCCCUUGCUGAAAGUGAGCAGAGCAAUGUUGUGAAUGGAGAAGCAGUUGAAGAGUAG